AUGUCCCUUACAAACGCCGAUCCAUCGCAGGCUGCCCUCGAGGCGAAGACGGCAGCUCUGACCCUAGCCACCCUCUCGGCUGAGGAUCGAAACGCCGCUCUCGAUGCUAUCCAUGCCGGGCUCCUCGCCUCCAAGGAUGCCAUUCUUGAGGCGAACGCGCGGGAUAUGGAGAAGGCUCGCGAGGCUGCCGCUGGCGGUAGCUUGUCGCAGAGCUUAGUGGCGAGGCUGGACCUAGGUAAACCGGGCAAGUUUGACGAUAUGUUAAAGGGCAUUCGUGACGUGAAGGAGUUGGACGAUCCCGUCGGCAAGAUUACCCUCCGCACGAAGCUCGACGAUGGCCUCACACUCGAACGAGUAACCUGCCCCAUCGGCGUCCUUCUCAUCAUCUUCGAGGCCCGCCCCGAAGUCAUCGCCAACAUUGCCUCUCUCGCCAUUAAGUCAGGCAACGCCGCCAUCCUCAAGGGCGGCAAGGAAUCCACCGACUCCUUCGUCGCCAUCUCCACCGUCAUCUCCAACGCCCUCGACCAGACCAAGGUCCCCAAAGGCGCCAUCCAGCUCGUCACGACCCGCGACGUCAUCCCCCAGCUCCUCGCCCUCGACCAGUACAUCGACCUUGUCAUCCCACGAGGCGGUAACGAACUCGUUAGGUACAUCAAGGAUUCUACCAAGAUUCCCGUCCUGGGCCACGCCGAUGGACUCUGCUCUACCUAUCUUGCAGAGUCGGCGGAUGCCGAUAUGGCUGUUAAGGUCGUUGUCGAUUCUAAGAUUUCUUAUUGCGCGGCGUGUAACGCUUUGGAAACUUUGCUUGUGAACCGCGCCGCACUCUCUACAGUUCUUCCUGCGGUUGCCAAGGGUCUCGCUGAAAAGGGCGUUACGCUGCGAUGUGAUGGAGAGUCGAAAGAGGCGCUUCUCAACGCUGACUCCAGUCUCGCGUCGAGCAUACAGGAUGUGCAGGACGCUGACUACGAUACGGAAUUCCUUUCGCUCACUCUCGCCGUCAAGACCGUCGGCUCCGUCGACGAGGCCAUCCUUCACAUCAACACUCACGGAUCUCAUCACACUGAUGCUAUCCUCACCUCGGACAAGGACGAGGCCGAGAAGUUCAUGUCUAGCGUUGACUCCGCCGGUGUCUACUGGAAUGCCUCGACUCGCUUCGCCGAUGGUAUGCGUUACGGUUUUGGCACGGAAGUUGGUAUUAGCACCAACAAAAUUCACUCGCGAGGCCCCGUUGGUCUCGAGGGUUUGACGAUCUAUAAGUACAAGAUCCGGGGCGAAGGACAAGUUUCUCUUGAUUAUGGCGAGGGUGAGGGGAAGAGGCAGUACAAGCAUGAGAGCCUUCCCCUGUAA